CAACUUAGCUUAUUAACCAGACUACUGGUCUGCUCACUCCACCCGUGGCAUAGUAAACUGAACCAAGAUCGAUGGGCGACGUCCGAAUCGUGUCUCGGCGCGUGGUAAGGCCGGAACCAACGGCCUCGCCGCCGGUGGAGACCAUCCACCUGACGCCGUGGGAUCUCAAGUCUAUCACCGUGGAGAACAUCCAGAAGGGCAUCCUCCUGCCCAAGCCUCCCACCACCGGAGGAAAGGGGCUCAACGACGUGGACGUGGAGUGUCUAGCUUCGUCCUUUGAGCGAGCCCUUGGCCACUUCUACCCUUAUGCCGGACGCCUCUCCGUCGCCGUCCCGCCGGCUAGCAACGGCGGAGCAUCAUCGCCUCAGAACCAGAGCCUCACCAUCUCGCUCCGCUGCGGCGGCGAGGGCGCCGAGUUCGUCCACGCCGUGGCUCCCGGCGUCACCGUCUCGGACAUCACCGACUCUCUCAUCGUUCCUCGGGUGGUCUGGUCCUUCUUCCCGCUUGACGGGCUGCUGGGCUCGGACGCCAUUGAUGGCUCGCGCCCGCUCCUGGUUGCGCAGGUCACUGAGCUCGCCGACGGCGUCUUCAUCGCCAUGUCAAUGAACCACGGCGUCGCCGACGGUACGACAUUCUGGCAAUUCUUCAAUACCUGGUCCGAGCUAAGUCGUGCCGCCGUCGCUGGCAACGAUGUUAUGAUCUCCACGCCGUUGCCGGUGUUCGACAGGAGUUUCCUGGGCAGCUGCACCGUCCCCAUCACUCUGCCCUUCGGCAAGCUGGAGGAUGUCGUCGGCCUUCGACAUGUGUUCCCGCCCGUGCAGGAAUGCUUUCUCAAUUUCUCGGCGGCGAGCGUAAAGAAUCUCAAGGCGAAGGCGAACGCCGAGAUGUCCGGCUCCGGCACCCUUAGCACCAUCUCCUCGCUGCAGGCCCUGCUCGCGCACCUCUGGCGUGCCGUGUGCCGAGCCCGGCGACUCGCGCCGAAGCAGGAGACGACGUACACUGUCCUUGUGGGAUGCCGUGGCCGCGUUGUCGGCAUACCGGCAGCCUACGCGGGCAACGCGGUGGAGCACGCCACCGCCAGGUCUACCGCCGGCCAUAUUCAGGAAAGGGGCCUCGGAUGGGCGGCAUGGCUCCUGAACAGGGCCGUGGCGUCGUUCGACAUGGCAUAUGCGAGCAACAAGCUCGCGUCCUGGCCUCAGGAGCCUAGCUUCACGCGCCUGCCGGCGCUCGUGGCUGCCGCUCCCACGGGGACGCUGACUGGGAGCUCGCCGCGGUUCGACGUGUAUGGGAACGACUUCGGGUGGGGCGCGCCGGUGACAGUUCGGAGCGGCGCCGGGAACAAGUUUGAUGGGAAGGCGACGGUGUACGAGGGUCGAGGUGGCGGAGGGAGCAUUGCGCUGGAGGUGUGCCUCAUUCCGGAGGCGCUCGCCAGGCUCGUCACCGACGACGAGUUCAUGGCUGCAACCACCACUGAUUCAUACUGAUUGUAUCUCUUGCAGCAAAAUAUUUUAUCAUCUUUCGUGAUUGUUAUCAGUGAGGACCAAAUCCGUUGAUUAGUACGUAGCUUGGUUGAACCGGAAGCAAAAUAAUGGAGGUUCACUGAGUCUUGCUCCAAUAUUUGUAGUAUCAUCUUUCGUGAUUGUUAUCAGUGAGGACCGAACAGAUGGACAAGUGAUCCCUGAGUUGCUGAUGUUUCUGAAGCCUACCAGGUACCAGAGUCGAUGAGCUGAAAAAAAUAAAAACUGGACCCCGAUAAACGCGAAUGUUCGGAUUUUAAGCAUGUCA